UGGGGUGAAGGGGCCGGGGCGGCCGCCGCCGUCGUCCCGCCGAGGCAGCCUCCCUGCCCUCGCCCCUCCCACACCGGCUGGCCCGGGAAGGUGGGAGCGGGUUCCCGUUGCCGCCGGCGGUGGAGCCUCGCCGAGGUUGCGUUUCUCGGUGAAGAAGCCGGAGCGGGGGGAGGCGGCGGCGGCGGCGGCGCGGUGUCGGUGUGGAAUGAACUGGGCAAAAUCUUUCCUACAUUGAUGGAACUGGACAGGAUUCAGCAGCCACAGAGGUACAACUCUGAGGCUUAGACCACAUUUCCUACUGGAAUAAGUCAAGGCAGCUGGAAUGGAGGGGGGGAGAAAAUAAUAAAGUAUCCUCCUAGUUCCAGGAACAACUGAAGUUACCGAGGACAAUGCACAGCGUAUAUCCUGAUGACACUCAGUGUGCAGCGACAUGGUUUUUGCAAUGGCAUCUGAGACUGAAAAGGCCCAUGCUCUUCUCCAAACUUUCAGCACAGCUUCAGUUAUUUCUAGUCUAUGUUUGGGAAUAUUCUGCUUUGUAGUGGACAGACUUUUGCAGUUUUCCUUCAUUCAGCAAAAUGACUGGCUCCGAGCCUUCUCUGAUAAUGCAGUGCAUGGUAUACUAGGAAUGUGGUCCUGGGCAAUAGUGAUUGGACUCAGGAAGAAAAGUGACUUCACUGAAGUCACUCUGGCUGGCUUCCUCUCCUCUGUUAUUGACGUGGACCACUUUUUUCUUGCUGGCUCUCUGUCAUUAAAGGCUGCUCUGACUCUUCCACAAAGACCACUUCUUCAUUGUUCUACUGUGAUUCCUGUUGUGGCUCUGACAUUAAAGUUUAUUAUGCACCUUUUCAGGCUUAAGGACUCAUGGUGCUUUCUUCCCUGGAUGUUGUUCAUAUCCUGGACUUCUCAUCACGUCCGUGAUGGGAUUCGUCAUGGCCUCUGGAUUUGCCCAGUUGGAAAAACGCCGCCUUUGCCAUAUUGGUUGUAUGUGGCAAUUACAGCAUCUUUACCUCAUCUAUGUUCAUUCAUUAUGUACUUAACAGGGACUAGAGAAUUAAUGUCUAUAAAACAUGGAAUCCACAUUGAUGUAUAAGGAUGAUGGAUCUUAGAAAUCGCUUGUAUUAAAACAUAAGCUAUCUAUCACUGGAAAGGCUUCAUAGAAACACAUUUCAUGAAUGGUAAUAAUGUCACAUCUACACUUUCCCCUUGUAAAAUAUGUGGUCUUCCAUUAUGGUUUCUACGUAGCUAGCUGAUUUAUAAAGUACUCUGUAGUAAUUAGGUUUCUUAAAAUUCUGUUCUUACUGACAUGGUGCUGAUCAUCUGAUAACCAUUCACUCUGGAUUUGUGUCCUGCCUUUGAAUAAUACACUUCAUCCAUGUAACUGAUGAUAACUAGCAUUUGUAUAGCACUUGGAAAAUGUACUGUAUGAAUGCUAAGGGUUAGUCAGAAUUUAUUAGUGUGUCACUUCUGUGAAUCAUCAGUUAGACUUUUUAGGAAUUAUUUGUUUUUGUGCUGGAUUCCUGUAUUCAAUUAUUUUUUUUAAAUGAUGCUUGUAUUUCACAAUGUUCAACUGCAUAUCUGCACCUGUUUGAACACUGACUGCUGUAAUACUGUGUUUAUAUUGAAUUCUGUUCUUCCAUAGUUGCUUGAUACUCAAUUUGCAGACUAUUAUUAGCUAUUAUUUAUGGCUAGGAGAAAAUAGUUUGAGUACAGUACUAUGGAUGUUGACCAAUAUGUUUAAAAAUAUACUGAUUAUGAAUAUUAUUUAAUUCAAAAUGAAGGAGUUCUAGUUUCAGUAUUUAAGGAUAACAUGUAAAGACAAAUUUGUAUUAUAGUAAAAUGCAAGCUUUAGGGAAGAUUCAGUGCGACAGGAAAAUUAAAAUUGCUCGGAAUAAGAGUUUGCUUUAGGGCCUUCCUGCUGUAUUAAUCUGUGUAGCACUUUCCAUUAAGUGUAAUAUUAUUAUUGUUGUUGCAAAAUAAAAUGCAUUGUUAUUA